GGGCGGGAGAGGUACAAGCCCUCAGCUAGCUCCGCUUCCAGCCCGGGUGUUCUGCGUUCCGCCCACCCACGAGUCACGUGAGCCGCUAAGAUGGCGGCGCUCGGGCGAGAACCUGGAGCAGAUCUGAAGUGUGUAAGUCAGCUGCCGAUGGGAGGUGAAGAAGCGCACAAGGGGAUGAAGACAGCAAUAUAUACAAAUGCUCAGUCCAGUUCUUCUCUAGGAGAUGCAAAAUUCAGAAGACCAAUGGUCAUCAAAAUCAUAGAAAAAAAAUUUGAGGAUCUUAGAAAAUACAAGACCUUAGAUCUUCAUGGAAUAGUAACACUUGCAACAUCAUCUAGUUUCUCUGGAAUAGUGUCAAACUUUCUUUUGAGACGCUCCUUGAAUGUUAAACAUCAUGCCUUGAAGACAUAUGCAUCAUUAAUUGCACUUCCAUUUUUAUCUACCAUAGUUACUUACAAGUUCCUUGUAAUUGAUCCUUUGUAUUCAGGUAAUAUAAGCAAGGAAAAUUGUGUUGCGAGAAGUUCACUGGUUACCAUGAUAUGUGGUGUUAUAUAUCCCAAUGGUUUGGCUUUUUCUAAAAAUGGACGCCUGGCAGUCAAGUAUCAUACUGUUCCACUGCCACAGAAAGGAAGGGUUUUACUUCAUUGGCUCUUACUUUGUCACAAGAACAUAAAAGCAAUGGUAAUUCCCCUAGUGUUUAUGACACCAUUUGGACUAUUUGGUGGUGCACAGCACUAUGAAAUGUUUAAAAAAACACAUGAGAAAUCUGCACAUGAAGAUUGAAGAAUGUGUGGAUACUAACUCAGCAGUAUAUAUUUUAUAUGAUGAAGACUCAGGCCUUGCUGAAAGAGUAAAACUAUUUGUCAUUUUGCCUGUUAUAUAGAAAAUAAUAUUUAGUAAUUUAAUAAAUACAAAUGCUAAACAAAUAAAAGUUUC